AACAAAUUUGUUUACUGUUUUAUUUGUUUGUAUCUGUAACGGUGGUAGUGAUUCGUAUUAUCUCGAAAUCUGUUAAUAAUUUACUUACCAUUGCAGAAUGCAUUAUAUUAUAUAGAAGUAUAUAAAUGGCAACCAAGAAGUCCAGUGUACCUAGAUGAAGUUUACCUUUUAAUCACAUUUUGUUUCUAUUCUGUUUUCUUUAAAACGGCCAGUGAAAAGUGUGAAAUAAAUUUUUAAAAGUUAUAGUUCCAGGAUAGUCUAAUUAUUCAAAUAUCUGAGAAUCCAAUAUUGGUGAAUAUGCAUAACCGACGAAUAGUUGACGAUUUUUCUGUAUUGUAUUCAGACGACGAUACCCUAUUUUCACUGACUAGAAUAGGCGCUCUAAAUAUAUUCAAAGCACGGAUAGAACGUGGAGACGAUUUGAACCGAAGGACAUACUGUGAAUCUCAUUGUAUUCACUUGGCUGCGGAUUAUGGUCGCUUAGAUUUUUUGAAUUAUUUCCAAGAACUGGAAGUUGACUUGAAUCUCACUGAUAAAUUCAAUAAUACUGCCCUACACAGAGCCAUUUCUAGUAGAGAAGUUGAAGCUGCUUUAUUUUUGAUUGAACAAGGAGCUAAUAUUAAUAAAUUGAACUCUGAUGGUAAUAGUCCUCUAAAUCUUUCUCUCAAGUUUGGAUUUACAAUAAUAACGAAUUCACUUAUUGAAAGGGGUGCUAGAUUGAAUGAUAAGAAUGUUUUUGGAUGGACACCUCUACAUUUCGCUGUAGCUCUUGGCGAUAUUGAAAUAUUGAAAACAUUAUGUGAAGCAGGAGCAAAUUAUACAUUUAUCGGAAAAUGUAACCGUUACAGCGCUUUGCAUUUAGCAGCUGAUAUUGGUGAUAUAGGGAUCAUCGAUUACUUUUUGAGCAAACGAGUUGAUAUUGAUUAUAGAUAUGAAAGUGGAUAUACAAUACUGCACACUGCGGUUCGAAAUAAUCAUCACGAUUUAGCACGUUUUUUGAUUGAAAAUGGAGCUCAGGUCAAUCUUAAGACUAAUAAAAAAAUUAUGGUGCUUUGGAUUUUGCUGCACGGGCUGGUAAUUCUCGCUUAAUUAACAUGUUGAUUCAGAACGGUGCCAAUUUUGAGAUACAAGCUGAUGGAAAAUGUCGUAUUUUAGAGUUGCUCAUAAAAUAUUUUCCUUACAAAUGUAGUGUUUACUUUCAUAAGAAGUAUAUACGAGCAGCAAAGGUGAUAAUCAAAUUUAUGGCAUUACGUUACCUCAAAACACCCCCAAUAUUUCCAGAAUGCUUUCCUUAUUCGGAGAAAUUGUGUGACUUCUGGUUCUAUUGUCAACGAGAGAUACAGAAAAUGGAUAGCCAUUAUUUGGGAAACACAACAAUUUCCCAAUAUAAGUUCAUCCGAGCUUUAUUUAACGAUGUACUUCUAGCAAAAUAUCUACAAAAUGAAGAAAUAGAACUCCUUACUCAUAAUAUUCAAAAUCAUUUCAAAGUAUUUCCAAUUUAUAAAGAUAUAGGAAGAUUAAUAAGCACUGGUUUAUGUAGGGGUAUGGUAAGAAAAGAUGUGCUAGAUUUAGCCCAUUAUAUAAAAAUGGAAAAUUUUACGAGUGAGCUACCUCCAGAAAUUAUAAUGAAAAUUUGCGAUUACCUUAGCAUAAAUGAUUUGAGAAAUCUCAUAGGAGCAAACGUCAAUUUAAGUAUAUGGAGUAUGAAUCAACAUAAUUAUCAUAUCGGUGAUAAAAUGCUUUUUCAUUCACAGUUCCUCUGUAGGAAAUUCUCGUAGAUUUGAUUAUCAGUUACCCCUAAAUCGUUUUGGUGGUGACUCGCUAAGUAAUUUCCUGCGUGGGAUGUUUUUCUCAUUAAGAAACAUUAUAUUCAAUCGAUGCUUUCCAAGAUUGAAUUUAUAAGUAAAACGAUUGUGUGAUUGCUAAAGUGAAAUUGUAUAUUUGAAGUUGUACAAAAUUAUUGAAAUA